AUGGCUAAAGAGUUAGAUGUUUUCAAAACUAAAGCAAAGGGGAAUGAGGAAAUUUUAGAUGAGUCUACAACUGCUCCUCAAACAUCUGUUGCUGAGCCCACUGCUCUUGAUGAUCACAACACUACAACCACUGCUGAUUUGACGGACAGGAUAUCUAACUUGAAAACAAUUGUUGCUGAUAUAAAGGAUCAAUUGAAGAAGUUGGUGGAUGCUUUCAAAAGUCGACCUUCUCAUCAGCAGUUAUGCCAAGAGCUUUGGAAUUCGGUACAACCCAUUCUUGCAGCUCAAAGGGAACUGGCUGAGAUUCAACUUAAUUCCCACAUGAAGCUAAUUAGAGUUAUGGUUGAAGCAAGAUACAAAGACACACAGGCUGACAUCAAGGGCAUAAAAGAAUGCAUUGCAAAGUUAACUGGUACUACCCCUACACCUGUGUUUGAAAAAGACGAUGAAGAUGAUGCUGAAAAGAGGGAAAAUGAUUCCAUGAAAAACUUUGGCAAACCAACACCAAGGAAUCAGCCAAAACAAAAUCCAAAGCCUGCCAAGCAAACUUCUGCAAAAUCUCCUGGAAAAUCUGAUACUGGUAAGAAAAAGGGAAUUGAUGAUUCCGUUAACAAACAGACAGAUAAGGAGAUUGAACGAAAACAGAAGAGGAAGCAUACAAAAGAGGAAGAUGAAGUGCUCAACAUUGGAACUUCAAAUAGUAGAAAAUCACAAAAAGAUAACGAAUCUCCUAUUUUGAUACUUCCUAAACCAAUAUCACCACCAGAAAAACCAACCACUGCUGCGAAACUCAAAACCACUGCUGAACCUAAGAAGUCAGAUUCUGAUACAUCUAAAACAAAACUCUCACCAGAAAAACCACCUGUGAAAAAGCAGAAUACAAAAUCCUCAUCACCACUGCCAACCUCGACUGAAACAAUUGUUGAUGCAACAAAUGUUUCAGCAUAUGUUAAGACAACAGCGGUUGAGACACCAUCAUGA